AUGAGCCCGCGAUCUGCCCUUGCGCGCUCGCUCCUACGCGACUGGAGCAGAGGCCAUCAAGGCCCCAGAUUCGCUCGUCUGUUGUCCACCACGCCAUGCCGCCCCAGUCGACUGCGUGCGCGACUCGAUAUCCCGCCUCCGUUUCCCAUCACAGAUGCCUGUCCCGAGUCCACCUGCGAUUGUCCGUCCACGCCAGCCAUGCCGGAGGGGUUACCGAUCGAUCAUGAUCAAGCAUUGAACGGGACCAUGGCGGCGUAUACCCAGCAACUUCUGGUCUGCACGGGACAGCGAGAUUGGACGAGCCGGAUCGAGAAUGACGGCGAGAAUCAAGGCUGGGGCAACCUGGUCCGGGGAUUGAAGCGUCUGCUCGGUCGCGGGGGACCAUACCUCGACCCCUUUAACAACAUCCUAGUUACGAAUUCAUCCAUUGUACCCGCUGCAAGAUCUCCCUCCUCUACGGCCUCUGCGUUCCUUUUCCCCAGCUUCAAAUACAUCCCCUCAAUACCGGUGGAUAUUGCAUCAUCAUCAGACUCGACUGCAGACUUGACUGCCUUUGUGCGCGCUUUUCUGCUUCCCGAGAAACUCCAUGAGAUGCACUCUACUCUCCCCGAGGCCAAACGAGCGGACAUGACCCGCUCCCCGGAAUUAUCCUCGAAGUUCACUGAAGUCGUGGACAUCAAAUACUCGCCCACGAUUCUGAUUUGUGGGCAUGGGGGUCGCGACAUGCGCUGCGGGAUGAUGGCGCCCGUUCUGGAAACCGAGUUUCAGCGCGUGCUGCAGUCGCGAGGCUUCGCUUCCACAGGCAGCGACGCCGUCACGGUGGACGGCCCCGAUCAUGCCAAUGUGGGACUCAUUAGCCACAUCGGCGGCCACAAGUAUGCCGGUAACGUCAUUGUAUAUAUCCCGCCCAAGAUGACGGUGGGAGAGUCAGAGCCUCACCCGCUGGCGGGUAAGGGCAUCUGGUAUGGUCGAAUAGAGCCCAAGCAUGUGGAGGGCAUUGUACAGAAGACGAUCCUCACGGGCAGAGUGGUCAAGGACCAUUUCCGUGUUGGAGCCACGCAGUUUGUCGGUGGACACGAUGAGACUGCAAUCAUCAUGCAGACUCUCUCACGCAUCCGAUUAAAGCCCAUUGCACGCGGCUGGGCAUGCGCGCGCCCAGCCGUACGGCCAGUACCUCUCACUUCGAACGCGUUCCUCCGCCUUGCGACAACGGCCUCCAAUCCUCGCAGACUCGACCUCCCUGCCCUCGACAAGAAAUGGCAAGCAAAAUGGCAAACAGAAAACGCGACUACAUCACGCUCACCACCGAACGAAGAAACCGAGUCCAAACCCACGUCCUAUAUCCUGUCCAUGUUCCCUUACCCGUCCGGAACGCUGCACAUGGGCCAUCUUCGAGUCUAUACAAUCUCCGAUGUCCUGGCGCGCUUCUAUAAGAUGCGCGGACAUAAUGUCUUGCAUCCGAUGGGGUGGGAUGCGUUCGGACUGCCUGCGGAAAACGCUGCGAUCGAACGAGGUGUCGACCCGGUGGACUGGACUAAGGAGAAUAUUGCAAAGAUGAAGGAACAACUGCGGAGUAUUUCUGCUUCAUUUGACUGGGACCGAGAAUUGGCAACUUGUGCCCCGGAGUUCUACGAACAUACGCAGCGCAUCUUCCUGAAGUUGUAUGAGAAGGGCUUGGCAUAUCAGGCGGAGGCACUGGUCAAUUAUGAUCCUGUCGACAAGACCGUGUUGGCGAACGAACAAGUUGAUGCCAAUGGAUUCUCAUGGCGGUCCGGGGCAAAGGUCGAACGGUUAAACCUGAAACAGUGGUUUUUCCGUAUCACAAAGCUCAAAGAAUUGCUCCUAAAAGACCUCGACUCCCUUGCGGGCGACUGGCCCGAGCGGGUCUUGUCGAUGCAGCGGAAUUGGCUUGGGAAAUCCCAAGGUGCCAAGAUCAGGUUUCCUCUGUCCAUCGAUGGACCGACAGGCGAGGAGGUCACGGUUGAUGUCUUUACUACGCGGCCCGACACGUUGUAUGGGGUUGAGUAUAUUGCCCUUUCGUUGAACCACCCGGUGGUGUUGAAAGCUGCCGAGAAAGACAGCGCACUACGACAAUUUCUUGAUGAGGCUUCAUCGCUUCCAUCGGACUCAAAGGCUGGCUACCGACUGACUGAUAUCAAUGCAUCCCAUCCACUGCAAAAAGUUGACAAAGACUGCCCCCAUCUGCCUCGAAAGCUUCCUGUCUUUGUGGCACCCUAUGUCCUCGGUGAUUAUGGCGAGGGGGCCGUGAUGGGCGUUCCCGGUCACGAUACGAGAGACAUGCUGUUCUACAAGGAGAAUGUGAAUCCUGAAUCGAUCUCCGUCGUAAUUGCGUCCGAGCCGAUGGAAAAGAGGGAAGAUGGAACAACUAAUAGCGUUGUCUCUGCCCACAACGCGAAAGCUUUUACCCAAGAGGGCUUUCUUACCUCGCGCUGCGGGAGAUAUCAAGGUCUGCACUCCAAGGCGGCCGCAAAGCAGAUUGUCACCGACCUCCAACAGGUUGGGCAAGCCGAAUCUGUCGAAAGCUGGCGUCUGCGAGACUGGUUGAUCAGCCGGCAAAGGUACUGGGGUGCCCCCAUCCCCAUCAUCCAUUGCGCUGACUGUGGCCCUGUGCCAGUGCCGCCAGAGGACCUUCCGGUUAAGUUGCCGAAGAUCGAGGGAGAUUGGUUACGAGGGAAGAAGGGCAACCCUCUUGAAUCGUCCGAAGAGUGGCUCCACACUAGCUGUCCCAGUUGCGGAGGAUCUGCCAGGCGAGAAACAGACACCAUGGAUACCUUUGUGGACUCGUCGUGGUAUUACCUACGAUUUUUGGAUGCUGCAAACCAAGCUGCCCCGUUCUCGCCGUCUCUGGCACGGCCCGUGGAUAUCUACAUUGGCGGUGUCGAGCAUGCUAUCCUACAUCUCCUCUACGCUCGGUUCAUCUACAAGUUUCUUGCUCAGUCAGAACUGUUCCCGGCUCCUACAAACGCUGGGGAUCACCCCGCGCCUGCGGAACCGUUCAAGACUCUUCUAUCCCAGGGCAUGGUCCAUGGCAAAACAUUCUCCGAGCCCUCGACGGGUCGGUUUUUGCACCCCUCGGAAGUGGACCUGUCGCGCCCCGAUAAGCCUUUGAUCAAGCGUACCCAGGUUGCACCCAAUGUGUCUUUCGAGAAAAUGUCAAAGAGCAAGCACAAUGGCGUAGACCCUACUGCCUGCACCAGCAAGUACGGCGCGGACGCCACUCGCGCUCACAUCUUAUUCUCCGCGCCAGUCAGCGAAGUGCUAGAAUGGGACGAAACCAAGAUAGUUGGGAUAGAGCGCUGGUUCGGACGGCUUUGGAAGGUUGUUUUGGAUGCACAGCAAAAGCUGGUGCAGUCCUCUUUCACGGUAUCAGAAGGCGAUUUCGGCGCGUCCACGGGCCACGCGGCCUCUCUUGUGUCUUCGCUACAGGACCUGAGCGAUUCAGAUGCAGACGCUGUCUUGGCCACCCACAAUACCAUCUCCUCCGUCACCACCUGCAUUGAGAACAAUCCCUAUGGUCUGAACACAGUCAUCUCCGACCUAACCAAACUCACCAACACCCUAUCUUCGACCCUCCCAUCCUCGCCUCGCCCGCUCUACAUGUCCGUCUCCGCUCUACUACGUCUUCUCGCUCCGAUAGCUCCCGCACUAGCAUCUGAAUGCUGGGAGGUUCUCCACGAGCUCCUCAUCACCAAGGCCGAAUCCGCCACCGCUGUACCAUCAGUCUUCUCCUCCCCCUGGCCCGCCACCCUUUUAACCCCCGACCAAGCCGAGGCGCUCUCCUCUCGCAGUGGCCAGACCGUCGCCGUGCAAAUCAACGGCAAGCUGCGCUGUGCGGUUACUAUCCCGCGUAUGCCGUCUCCCACCCCGACGACCUCUUCUCAGGGGAAAAGUUCCGGCCCCUCGCAGGAGGAACAGGACUGGAUUGUCAGCCGGGUCCUGGAAACGGCUGAGGGUGUGCUGUGGCUUCGCGAGAAGAAUGACUGGGAGAAAAGGCGGCGGGUAAUUGUGGUUAGGGGGGUAAGUUGGUGA